CUUGACGUAGACAAACUGUUUUUGAUAUUUCGUCUGGAUUGUGUUGAUUUAAAUCAGAUGAAGCGGAUUUUUUUGGGGGGUAAAAGUUAUACGGAAAGCCAAGAUUUUAAUUGUUGCCGUUUACGAUUGUAAAUGGUUGUCGUAGUUUACGCUGUCACUGCUAGGGUGAUGCUGGUAGUACUUUCUUUAGUGGAAUGUCUCAAAUUGUUGUGGACGAGUCCCCGUUUGGAGAGUAUGAUGUGGCUGUUUGGGCAUCUGUUGUGGACGAGUCCCCGUUUGGAGAGUAUGAUGUGGCUGUUUGGGCAUCUGUUGUGGACGAGUCCCCGUUUGGAGAGUAUGAUGUGGCUGUGUGGGCAUCUGUUGUGGACGAGUCCCCGUUUGGAGGGUCCAGUGUUGCUGUUUUGGCAUCUUCUGCUAGAACUUUGUAUAUGGUUGAGGACACUUCCUCAUUUGGAGAGUUUGAUGUGGCUUCUUCAUUGACCUCUGGUGUUAAAUUCACGACAACCUCUUUCGUUUUUUCUGCAGUAGUCACUGGUGUUGUCAAGUCGGUUGCCUUUGCCGUCGUUACUAAAUGUUCAAUGGUAUUUGAAACAACGUUGUUUACAGUUGUGCAUUUGCCUGGGUUUUCAUUAUUAUUUUCAGUGGUGUUAUCUUCUAGUUUCGGUUUCUUACUUUGUUUGGCUUUCGGCCUCUUCCUGGUCUUCGACUUGCUCUUUAAAUGUUUGUGAAAGUUAAAGUACUUGUUGUUGAAGAAUCGGUGUAAGCUCACUCUUUGUGACUGGGCUAUACCUGAUAGUGGCCGAAAGCGAAAAACUGGCCGAGAUGUACUGAAUCGGUUCAAACCUGCUCUAUGGACCUGGGCUAUACUUGAUAGUGGCCAAAAGCGAUGAACUGGCCGAGAUGUGCUGAAACGGUUCAAGCUCGUGCUAUGGACUGGGGAUAUACCUGAUAGUGGCCGAAAGCGAUAAACUGGCCGAGAUGUGCUGAAUCGGUUCAAGCUUGUGCUAUGGACUGGGGAUAUACCUGAUUGUGGCCGAAGGCGAUGAACUGGCCGAGAUGUACGAAUUUUAUCCCUG